CGCCUCUCUCUCUCUCUCUAUACAGGGAAGACGCAUCCUGUAAUCAGGUCACUCUUCACUGUAGUCUCAGCAUCCGUCUCUCGCCCUUUAAAGCAGAGGAAUCGAGACUUCAGACAAGCGGAAUAAUGGUGUGGAUGAAUGAUCUGGGAUGUCUUCUCGUUCCGUUGCUGAUGCUCGUACGGGUUUCCGUGCAGGUGGACGUUAAGAGCGGGAAAGAACCGGAGAAGACGGAGAAUUUCAUGGAAGAUGAACAGUGGCUGUCCACCAUUUCCCAGUACAGUCGCAAGAUCAAGCACUGGAACCGCUUCAGAGAUGAAGUGGAGGACGACUACAUCAGAUCAUGGGAUGAAAGUCAAGGCUCGAAUGAAAAUGUGGACACCACUAAAGAUCCCUGCCAGAAAGUCAAAUGCAGCCGAAAUAAGGUGUGUGUCGCCCAGGGCUACCAACGUGCUGUGUGCGUCAACCGCAAAAAGCUGGAGCACAGGUUGAAGCAGCAGGUCAUUAGACAGCAGCAGGAGAGUAACUGUAAGCCUUGCCCAGUAUCUUCCUCUGGUCCCGUUUGUGGCUCUGAUGGACACAACUAUGCCUCUCAGGUACUUCACACUGCAUUCAACUUCCUUUAA